UCACACUCCCUCUGAACUUAAUGACAUAGGAUCAAAGCGGGUGCACGGAUCGCUCCUCCUGUGUCGCGCAGCAGCGUCGUCGCGCAGGCAGGUGAUGGAAUAGAUGAUGUCGGAAGUCCAGGGCACUUUGGAGUUCUCAGUGGAAUUGCAUAAGUUUCACAAUGUGGAUCUGUUUCAGAGAGGCUUCUAUCAGGUGAGGGCGGCACUGCGUGUUUCACCUCGAGUUCCCCACAGAAUCACUGCCACCACAUCCGGAUACACAGGAGAGAGCAGUUUCAGCAGUGCAGUGGUUCACGAUGGCGGGGUGUUCAGCAGGAUCUUUCAGAUCCUCUACAGGAACGAGGAGGUGACCCUCGAGGACCACAUGAUCUUCAGAGUCCACCUGCUUCUAGAUGGAGAGAGGGUGGAGGAAGCCAUGAGUGAGGUGGACGUUCAGCUGAAACUAGAUCUGCACUUCACUGACAACGAACAGCAGUUGUCAGAUAUCACCUCAGUGCCUCUGAUCAGCAGCAGGACGUUGGGUCUACAUUUCCAUCCGCACCAUGGCCUACACCAUCACCUACCCGUCAUGUUUGACUAUUUCCACCUGUCCGUCGUUUCCGUCUCCAUCCAUGCCUCCCUGGUGGCAUUGCAUCAACCACUGAUCAGUUUUGCACGGAGUGGUAAAGGGACGUGGCUGGGUAGAGGAUCUCCAGAGAGUGAGGCUCCGUCCUCCAUGAUGUCAGUAGAGAAUCUGAUGUUUGGGACGGGGUAUUGCAAACCUGUUCCAACAGAGGGCAGUUUUUACGUGCCAUCGGAGAACUGUCUGCAGAGAGCAUACACGUGGCACUGUCGCAUCUGUAAACUGUUGCUGGCUGCUCUAAGAGGCCUGCGCUCGUAUUACACGACUCUAAUGAAGGAGAUUCCUCAACUGCAACACAUAGAAAUGGAAGACCUUCCCAUUGAAGAAACAUUAAAUCAGCACACCAUUGAACUGCAGUUGCAGAGUGGUCAUGAGAAGGUAGCAGAGCUGAUCAGUAAAGAUCUGAUGCAGUUGUGUGCUCAGCUGGCUGCUGUUUGGACACAGUUUCUGGAAGCCACGGUUCCCAAUCCACAUAUCCGCUCGUAUCUGGCCCAGGAGCACCACACGCUCCGGGUCAGGAGAUUUUCAGAAGCGUAUUUCUUCACUGAACAUCCCAAAGAGUCCUCGCUCACAUUUCAGGAGGAACUUAUCAACACACACGGCCAGGUGGCCACAGAGAUGCGGAGCUCUGAUUAUCUGCUCCGAAUGCCCCCACUUCCUGUGGAAUGCCUGGACAUCGACGGAGACUGGAGCAGCCUGCCAAUCAUCUUUGAGGAUAGAUACGUGGACACGCCCUGUUUAGAUUACACCAUUCAUGUGCCAAACCAGAUGGACUUAAACUCAAAUACCUGUCCAGACUCAACUAGGUUGCAAGACCAAUCCAUCAGUCCAACUGAGGAGACACAGGACGUCUAUUCGUCAGCAACAUACGCUGAGGAACCCCCCAGUAAAGAUCACAUGGAUCUGCCCACAUACAUGACUCUAACUGUUGAACAACAGGAUUUCAUUACAGACCUCAAAGAGACCAGAGAUCAAGCAGAAACUUUGAUUGGCUGUGUGGGUGAGACAGAUAUUGACAGAAGCGAACAUAUCUACGAGACCACCACGACUAGUUCUGGUUCAAGAUUUGAGUCUGUUGAUGAAGACAAGUGCCAAUAUGAUACUGAGGAAGCAAUUGAGCAAAUAGACUGUAGGUCUGAAGACAGCACUGAUGCAAUUUAUAGAGUUAAUUCUGUACAAGGUAAUGUGGAGAAAACUGGUUGCCAGAUAGAUGCAAGUGACUUUGCUGAUCACCCUGAAAAUGAUUUUGUAGAAUCUAAUCAUGCGAGUUUGAAACAAGCUAAAAUUACCCAAAGUGGCAGCGGACAGACAUUGUUGCUAGUUCCGAUGGAAUCUGAAGAACUUUCUGAUCUCACCAGCAUUGACAGCUUAGACUUCCUGCCCACUUAUAACCAUGACACCCACCUAGGAACACCAGACAAUACAGGGAACCAUGGCAACAAGGUGCCAAACUCAGUAUUAGAUAGCAGAAACAUCGAAGCACCAGCAAAGUAUUUUGGGAGCGAGGAAACAUUACCGGCUAGUCUAUUGAAUGUCCAAUCUCCAGAAACCGACCCUCAAGCAACGUCCCCUUCAGUUUACACCCUACUACAGAACCGCCGCUUGUCUGAAACCCCACCCAGGGGUGUAUUCUUGGGCGGGUCUAAGUUAAUGAACCGCUCUUCAUCUGUAAUCUCAGACUCUGGCAUUGAAAGCGAGCCAAGCUCAAUGGCCUGGACACUGGAGGGACGAGGAGUCGUCGUAGGUGUUCGUGAUGUCUUGAAAAAUCUGGCUCAGUGUCGGGCACACCAGAGCUCUCUGGAGGGGCUACAGACGGAAAGUCACGGCAGCUUGCCAAGUGCCACUCAAGCUUCUCUGACCUCCAUUAGUUCCCUACCAUACGAAGAGGAGGAGAUGCAACUCAAUACUCUCACCAAAUCCGCCUCUGCACCACAAAUCAGCAGCCCUGAUGACACAGAGGAUAGUGAAAUACCCAAUCAGGAGGAGAGGAACGUUUGUGAAGCAAAUCAUGAGAGGCAGAGUUAUGAAGAAGCCACUGAGGCCGAGCAGAAUCUACAAGGUGUUACUACGAAGGACAGAAAUAAAACAACCAAUCAGGAGAAGAGGUACAAUCAGGAGAGACUGAGCAAUGAAGUAGAUGAUGAGUUGAAGUGGAAUGUACAAGCUUUAACUAUGGAGGACAGAAAUGAAACAACCAAUCACAACUUCAACAGGGACGAGUUAUCCAGUCAAGAAACGGCUGUCGAAGAAAGUCCUUUGCCAGAAAUGUUACUAUACCAGCAAUUUGUGACAGAUAAAGGUGUUGAAAACGCCACAGUGGAUGAACUGACCGAACGUUCUGUGGAAUAUCAAAGUAAUAUGUUGCUUAAUGAGUAUUCUGGUCACAAAGGUGACAGUACAGAGUGUUGUAGCUGUGAAAAUAAAUAUUGUGAACACCAGGGUGUGCUAGAAUUAAACACAAAUCAAGGCGACUCUGACGACAUCAGUGUCCAUCACAUUCAUUUGAAUGAGCUUGAGGUAAGUAUGGAGAACCUCCCUGAUCCACCAAUUAGUGUCGAGAGCAGUCACAAAAUUAUGACCAAUGACAGAGAGAGACCCACUGAUGUCAUCAAACUUCCAGCCAAUGAGAGAGCACAGAAGACAUUAGAGGGACAGAGCAGAGCCAAUAAGCUGCAGAGUUCAGGACUAGCAUUCGUGAAUAAAAAGGUGGUCGAGGUUGUGAACCUGUCAGUGUCAUGCACUCCAACAUGUCUGCCUUUUUCAUCCGUUCUCCGCGAUUCGCCAUCAGUCAGCGGAAUCUCCACCCGCCAAGCCACUUCCCCCAUUACAAAUCAACCCCUGGGCUCGUUCGGAAUCAUCUCCUCUUCCCCUUCCUCCAGUGAUGACCAGGAAAUCAACGAGAGGAUGAUCAACUUCUAUAAGGCAAAAGAAGCCCUGCUGAGAGAGCUGAUGUUGAAGGGCUGUCUGUACAGUGAUCUGCCUUACCUUGCCUCUGAUUACCCAUACUUCCCUCCUGAAGAAGACGACACUGAGUUUGAGGAUGGGAUACACCUUGUGGUGUGUGUACAUGGACUUGAUGGUAAUAGUGCAGAUCUGCGGUUGGUAAAGACCUUUAUAGAGCUUGGGUUGCCAGGAUCUAGACUGGACUUCCUUAUGUCUGAACGCAACCAGACGGACACGUUUGCAGAUUUUGACACCAUGACGGACAGACUGUUGGACGAGAUUAUUCAACACAUUCAGCUGUAUAACCUCACCAUCCACAGAAUUAGUUUUAUCGGUCAUUCUUUGGGGAAUAUCAUUAUUCGCUCAGUGCUGACCAGACCCAGAUUUCGCUGUUAUCUCUGUAAACUCCACACCUUCCUGUCUCUGUCUGGACCUCACCUGGGCACACUGUAUAACAACAGCACACUUGUCAGCACAGGUUUGUGGCUUAUGCAAAAACUGAAGAAGUCUGGAUCUCUACUGCAGCUUACGUUCAGAGAUCAAACCGACCCAAGACAAACUUUCCUCUAUACGCUCAGUAAGAAACCAGGUCUGCAAUAUUUUAAGAAUGUGGUGUUGGUGGCCUCCCCGCAGGACCGAUACGUGCCCUUCCACUCGGCCCGCAUUGAGAUGUGUCGGACCGCACUUAAAGACAGAACCACAGGUCCGGUAUACACAGAGAUGAUCAAUAACUUACUCCAGCCUUUGCUGAGCGCUCCAAACUGUUGUUUGAUAAGACAGAAUGUGUUCCACGCCUUACCCAACACGGCAAACACACUCAUUGGACGUGCGGCUCAUAUCGCAGUGCUCGACUCCGAACUCUUCCUGGAGAAGUUCCUUCUAGUGGCCGGGCUCAAUUACUUCAAGUAGCCAUUCAGUCCACAUGUUAGAGAUGAGCUCAUGUCUUGAGUUCUGUGGGAGAGCCAAUCAGAUUACACUUCAAUGGCAGAAUCAGCCUAUCAGAUUUCAUUUCAGAGAUAAUAGUCAGCUCUGGAAUUGUUCAAUAAGUUCAGUCAUUGGACGCACGAAAACAAAUUGAAGAUUCAGAUCGUGGAUCUGAAUAAUGUAAAAUUUGUACAGAAAGGACAUUUUAUAGUAAGCAAAUAGAGAAAACAAACAAUUGAAGCCUUAAAGAAGCUUUAUGAUGUAAUAACUUGACAUCGAAUAAUCAUAACUGGAGAGUUAAUGAUCAGAUGAAUGUCAUUUGAAUGUAAAUUUAGCUGGUAGUAGCUGGUAUCGUAACAAGGACCUUGGUUCUUUUUCCCCUCCAGUCGCAAACGUGUAUUUGCAACGCCAUUCGUAACUUGAGGAGGUCGAUAUCACUGGACUCUAAUACUUGAAGAGUAAAUUCACUCGUUUUGAGUUCUGCGUUAUGAAAACGUAUACAUGUUUUCAGAAGAAUUUCUUUUUAUCAAUUCAUUAUUUUAUAGUUUGUGUAUUUCGACAUUUUGUUGCAGAGUGAAAAUCUCUCUGUGAAAAUGCCAAAUUCAUUGUGUUGAUGUAUUGUUGAUGAUAUGCCUCCCUUGUAACCGUAACUGAUUUGAAUGUGUUUACCAUAUACAUGCCUUAAUAAUCACUAGGUGAGUAUGUCAAGAUCAUGUACACUAUUUCAAUAAUCUCCCAAAUUUUGAUUCAUUUUUUAGUUAUUUUUAAAAUAUAACUUGUGUACUCCAGUGAAAUGUCAAACAAUCUCGGUUUUAAUGGUUUUGCUGUUGUUUUAUUCUUUGAUUUGGCUUCAAUGGCCAUUAUUUGCUAAAUACUUCAAAUGAAUAUUCCAGGUUCAACAUACGUUAAGCUCAGCAUUUGUGGCAUAUUGUUGAUAAACAAAAAACAUUUUCGACUUGUCCCUCCUUUUCUUCAAAAAGAGCAAAAAUCUGGGUUACAGUGAGGCACUUACAAUGGAAGCAAAUGGGGCCAAUCUGUUCAAGUUAAAAUACAUAAUGUUUUAAAAGAUUAGCCAAAAGACGUAAACAAUAUGUGUGAUUACAUGAUUUUAGUGUGAUAAAAUCACUCACUACACUUCUCUGUGUAAAGUUAUAUAAAUUUUUACAACUUUGUUGCCAUGACGAUGUAUAAACCCAUUAAAACCACAAAUUUAGCAGUCCACUGCAAAUCUACGAUUUAAACAAAUUUAGAGAUGAAAUAAUCCAUGAGUUUUAGCAGAAGAAUUAAUGUUAGUGCAUUUAUAAAAAGCUUCAUAUUUCUGCCUUUGAACCUUACAAAAAUUGGCCUCAUUGACUUCCAUUGUAAGUGCUUCACUGUAACCACUGUACAUUUUAGCUUGUUUUAAAGAAAAGGAGAGCGUCAAAAUUAUUAUUAUUAUAUUUGUGGUCAUCAACAUUAUGCCACAAAUGCAGUCGAUUGAGCUUAAGUUGUAUUGAAUUUGGAAUAUUCAUUUAAUGAGUGCGUUUAUGUGCUCGUUUUUACACUGAUUGUGCUGAAUAAGCCGACAGCAUCAUGUAAACACCUUAAACGGUUUUCCUUUAUCAAGUUGAGGUCUUCAAAGCUUUAAGCAAAAAACUAUUAACAAGAAGAUUUUUGUCCAUUACCCUGAUUACACGUUGCAUGUCCAUUAACCAGAGAUCUUAUCGGCUUAUCCAAUGUAGGCAAAUGUAUCCAAUGACGUCAAAAGCCAAGAAUAAGCCGUUGAUUUCAAAUCUCGUGUAAACUUUUUUUAUUCUUUGCCUUGUCGGAUUUUCUGAAUAAGAUGAUUUUUUUUAGUAAUCAGCGUAUUGUGUGUAUGUAAACAGGCUCAUUGUGUUUGAAGCUGCAACAAUGUAUUUAAGUACAAUUGGGCCAAAUGUAUGAAAAAGGGGGUGGGGUCUUGCCAUCACCCCCCCAGAACGCCAAACGCCCUCUUAUGCUAAAAAAGCUUGAUGCUGCGCAAUGUAAAAUAACAGAACGCAUGUGUCUUGAGAGGCUUUCAAAAGUUAACGUUCAAUAAAAAUGUUGAGGUCCUAAAAAAAGUACAGCUCCAAUGACAAAUGCUACACAAACAGCUGGAAACUGUGCAAGGAUCAAUUAUGUCCACCUAGCGCAUGUUUAUAUACAAGACCCCCCAAAAAGCAUUGGCGGGUCUAGCCCUUAUCACUGUUUUUUGAUUUUAGUUUGUUUCUUUUGAAGUAGUUUUGACAUUGUGUUCCAGUCAUACAGACUAGUCAUACAGAGCAACUGGUAUCACCAGCUCUUUUACUGUACUGAAGGAACUAAUGUCAGGUUGAGACAUGUUAGGCACUAUGACAUCCUCAGUCAGCUUUCACUGUAUGAAAAAAAGGGUAACACUUUCAAACGUUUUACUCAAGCCAUACCUCAGGUUUUCACCUCGUUCAGCAUCUUUAGCUCAUUUCCUUGUGUUCUGGGUUUCAUUCGGCUGUGGUCAGCAUCGUGUGAUUGGGUUUAUAGCAGAGUGCUUGUAUCAGCAAAGUUAGAAGAUGUCCUUUCUGUUCCCACUGAGCUUUUAUACAUGCCGACUGACUCUUGAUUAGUCUGUAAAAACUCUGUCACAUUGAUUGACACUAAUUUAACCCGCCUCUUAAGUACACAGGUGUCACAUUACCCUGCCGCUUCGUUACCGCUAAAGGGGCCCAUCAGGCUGAACAACCCAUUAGCCAUAAUGCUCUACUGCACAGGGCAUCAGUGUGUGUGUGUGUGUGUGUGUGUGUGUGUUUGUUUGUUUGUUUGCUAAUGUGAGCUGAUGGCUGUGUUUGCUCACACAAGCAUAUUAAUUACGGAACUAAAACACAGAUUUACGCUUCAAACAGAGACCAAGGGCAAAAGUGCUUGUGUGUGCGCAUGUGUAAAGUAUAGUGUGUAAAAAUUGAUCUUUUCCUUCACAAAUGUUUAUUAACAGAUGCUCAAUUCAAAUGUAAGGAAUAUUAAAUUAAGAACAUACAUUUACUUGCCCCUUUAAGCAGUUAAACCUUCAGUUAUCCUUAAGCCAUAUAUCAUUCUGAUUGCCACAUGUUCAGUGUUAUCUGGAGGAAAUGUCCAAACGAAGAGAGAGCAAAACGUUAAAACACUUCAUGAAAUACUUUGACGAAUGCAAUUUGCUUUUCUGUGUUGACAUGUUUUUGAAACAGGUAGAAAGUAUUUUUUUACGCAUACAGUAUAUAAAGAAAAGGUUGGUAGCACUUUACAGUAAAGAUGUAUAAGUUGUUAUUUGACAGUUUAGUUUCUUAAUAUGAACGAAAAAUAAAUAAUACUUUAACAGCUAUUUUUAAUCUUGGUUCAUGUUAAUCAAUAUAAAAUAAAAAGCAUUUUAAAUAUAUUUUUUAAAUUAGCAUUUGGUUUAUAUGUAUGUACAGUAUGUGUCAAUGUUUUUGUAUUGUUU